UCCUUCCACCCACCAAACAACAACCACAAAAAGCAAAACAUCCAUUUCCCUUCGCAACCGCUUUCCGCUUCCGUUUUUCCCCUUUCCCCUUUUGCAUGGACCCGACUCUCUAACUCGCUCUCCCCUUUUCCAACCGAGUUCGUAACUCGGCCCCGCGAAUCAAUCAUCACACUCUCACACACACUCUGUACUUAAAUAAAUGGUAGCAGUAAUGAUCAAAUGUUCGUGCAACUUUAGUUGUAGAUGUUUGUAUGAGUGUUGUGGAGAAGAUGAUGAUGAUGGAAGAUUCGUUGGAAUCAGAGGUGGAUGAAACCGGGUCGGGGAAUGGAAUAAGAAGGAUAAGUUCGAGAGCUGAAGUGGAUACUUCAUUGCCGUUUGAGUCUGUUAAAGAAGCGGUUACACGGUUUGGUGGAAGCGGGCCUUGGUUGCCGCUUUACAGGCUUGGUGAAGCUUAUAUUGUUAUUAGCAGAACAGUAUUGAAGACUUCGACAUAAAGAAAAUAGAGGAGCAAGCGGCAAAGUUGGAAAAGGAUUUGAUAAUGAAAGAACUCGAAACACUUGACGUGCUUGAAGAACUCGGAUCUGCCAAAACGAUUCUGGAGAAAUUAAAGCAGCAGCUACAAUCUGAAGCACUCAAAUGUUCUGCUACUCGAGAUGUAAGUUCAUGCGAAAGUAUUGAAGCUUUUGUUAAAAAAUCUGCAAGUAUUGUCAAACAUCAAGAACAGAUAUUGCAAAGUCCAAGACCCUGCCGUACUUCACCGCCUGAUAUGCUCUUAACCGAGUUAAAACAAGCUAAAAUGAACCUUGGUAAAACUAUCAACGACCUCGGGGUGAUACAAUCGUCUGUCGAAACUUUGAAUAAGAAGAUGAAGAAAGAGAGACUUUUUCUCGAGAGGACACGGGAGAAUCUACAAUCAAAGUUUGCAGCUAUCUCCGCUCAAAAUGUGGCCGAAAAAGAAGCAAGGUCAAAGCCACAGGUAGAUCCUGUAGAAACGGAUUUUACUUUUCACACUCCGCAAAAUGUAGCAAGGGAUCUAAAAGUUGAUGUUGAACUGAACAAUGGAACGGUUGAAACAAGACCAGUUGAAGUUUCAAAGCAAGGGCUUGAGUAUGGAGAGAACAAUUUUGCUGAGAUGAGAUGGUUUGCAGCUAAAAAGAUGGAAGAAGCCGCAAUGGCAGCCGAAGCUGUUGCUCUUGCUGAAUUCAAGGCUCUAUCUUGUGCUAACAAUAUAUCAUCGCAGUUUUCUACUCGAGAGCAUCACAAAUUUCAUAUACCUGAAGAAUCUAUCUUGAAGAAAGUAACACACUCCACAUUCCAAAUUGAUGCAGCAACAGCUUCUAAACUAACUAUUCUGAAAAAACUAGAGGAAGCAACCGCAGAAGUUCUACACAGCAGAGAAAUUUUAGCAGAAGCUAUAAACGGUAUUGACACUGCAAGCAGAAAGCAACAGGCUGCUGAAGAGGCUCUAAGGAGAUGGAUUCAUGAAAACGAUCUAAAGGGUGGGGCUAAGCAUAGCUCGAUUAAACGAAACAAGUUCAAUCGAGUUGAAAAUUGCCAAGCUUUGAAGCCAACCUUAAGAUCCUCGGUUUCAAUGAGAGAUCUACUGAACAGGAAGCAAGUUCCCGACGAAUAUUCUACAACAAAGGAGAUGGAAAAGCAUGCGGAAACAAAGGUAGCAUUGAGUCAAAUGCUUCAAGCGUUGAGGGAAAACCAAACUCUUCCAACUGAACAUGAGAAUGGUGAGGAUGAUCAAAAGCAGUCCGUAGUACAUAGGAAGAAGUUUGGAUUCAUGCGACUAUCAUUCCCCUUGGGAAAGCGGAAUAAUAAGAAGACAUGAAUUUAAUCCUAAUGCUUAUGCAACAGCUCGUGCAUCAAUGUUUUGUGAUUCUGUAUUGGUUCUUAUGUUAUGUGAGAUUUUAUGGUUGGUAUGUGCAUAGGUUUGUGUCGGUGUUUGAUUUCUUAAGUUCUGUUGAUCCUACCAAGGUACUAUGUAUUGGGAAUUCAAGUGCAAGUUUGGAUUUUUGCCUGUUUAAGACUUAAGAAUGAGUUUAAUGAAGAGAUUAUGUGACUACAAAUUCAUUGUUCAAAGUUUGGUGAAAUUAUAAAGACACAGGCACUAUUUUGGUGCAGAUUUUCCUGUUUUUGGAGUGGAAACAAUAAACAUCUUGUUGUGUAUGCUAGCUUGAAACAUAGGAGUUUCACUUGAUUUUUUAAACUGUUCUUUACUUUUUAACAUAUGGAUUCUUAGUGAUUGAAUUUGCACUUGUAUUGUGAAGCAAUUGAAUAAAAAGUUUUGAUAUUAUGAAGAGAGAAGAAAAAUUAAUAUAUUAUAAACUAUGGCAUUACAGAAAG